GUUCUGCUUUUCUGUCCACCAACAGUUUUUGCUGUCUUUGGGCCAGGAUGGGAGUGAAAGGGACCUCAGCGCUUCCAGGCAUUUCCGGGCUGCAGCCCCGCCCCCCCAAGUUUGUGUGAUUGUCGCGGAGCACUUUCAGAUUCUCCAGCUCAGCAGUGGCACCAACAUCUGCGGGAGAAAGGCGCCCCUGUCAUUGCUAUGGACAAUUUGCUGGAGCAGCUCUCCCAGGCUCAGGCGUCCUGGAGACAGCCACCUAGAGAGCCAGGGACCAGGGUUCCACCUCCGCCCGUGACCUUGACUCCAGAAAACAGGCUCUGAGAUCACAGAACCAGCUGGAGUCCCCGUUCUCCAGUGGUAAAUCAUCACGGUCAAAAUAACAACUAAAAUGCAUGGAAUGGUGACCUGCACAGAGGCUCUGCUUCAGCCCCCGGGCGCGGCACCAGCUGGGCCCAGUGUGGAUUGCCUGUGCAGCCUCCCGCACUCUGAGAGCUCCCUGAGCCGCCUGCUGCGAGCCCUACUGGCCGCCCGAGUCAGCCUGGAGCUCUGCCUCUUUGCCUUCUCCAACCCGCAGCUGGGGCGAGCCGUGCGGCUGCUGCACCAGCGCGGGGUGCGUGUGCGCGUCGUCACCGACUGCGACUACAUGGCGCUCAACGGCUCACAGAUAGGCCUGCUGCGCAAGGCAGGUAUUCAGGUGCGGCAUGACCAGGACCUGGGCUACAUGCACCACAAGUUUGCCAUUGUGGACAAGAAAGUGCUCAUUACUGGUUCCCUCAAUUGGACCACACAGGCCAUCCAGAACAACAGAGAGAAUGUGCUUAUCAUGGAGGAUGCGGAGUAUGUGCGGUUGUUUCUGGAGGAGUUUGAGCGCAUCUGGGAAGAGUUCAACCCUACAAAGUACAGUUUCUUCCCGAAGAAGAAGCAAGGCUACUGAAGCUGCCCUUCUUUGCCUUCAGAGACUUAGGAGCACGGCCUCUGGAGAAACCAGCCACCCUCAGAAAAGGCUCCUGGAGACUGCAUGCUUCCCCUAGGGGCCCCUGAGCUGUGGAGAGGCCACAGUGCUAUAAAGUCCUUCAGCUGGGUUGUGAUGGUGCAUACCUGUAAUCCCAGCUACUUGAAAGGCUAAAGUAGGGGCCUCGAAAGUUUGAGGCCAGCCUGGGCAAAUCAGCAAGACUGUCUCAAAAAAGGCAGAGAGUAUAGCUGAAUGUAGAGUACACCUAGCAUGCGUGAGCCACUGGCUUCUAUCUCCAGCAUGGCAAAAAAAAAAAAAAAAUGUAGAAGUGACCUCACUUUUAACACCUGGACGUAGUAGACUCCUUCUUGGCUCAUGUAAUGGAUGGUUAGUUCCCUGAUCACAUGAGGAGCACAUUCAAAGUUAGGCAAGUCCCUUCAGCAGUGGCAUCCUUCACAGGUAUUUAGGGGAACAGGCAUCUUGGAUGUAUUUGUGAAAUGUUUAAAGGUUUGUUUUUUAUUUUUUAUUUAUUUUUUUUGGUACUGGGGAUCAAACUCGGGACCUUGCGCUUGCGAGGCAGGCAGCAGAGCCACUGAGCUAAAUCCCUGGCCCUUGUUUGUUUUUUAUAAUGUGCAUCCUAUAUGCCAGUUACUUUUGAAGCUAGUCUUGCUGUUGUGUUAACUGUUCAACGUCUUUCUGAGAAAAUGGGAGUAUUUCCCCUUCCAGUGUUAUCUGUGACUUAGUGUUGACUUGAAGUUGAUUUUUAAAAAAAGUUAAUGGGAGCUGUUAAAGUAUAAUAUGCCAGAGGUGGUUACAUGGUAUUCUCUCCCAAGUCUGAAUUCCCAAUGUGUAUUCUGGAAGGAGAAUGGAGUGGUUACCACAGUGUAGUGUGACAUAGCUGUGGGACCCUAGGGUUCUGGCAUAUUUGAAUAAAUAUUUUCAUUGUGGAGUGUGAA